AACUCACAAUCCGAACAUUCGCCUUUUACUUCGUCGCCUGCUCCCUCCUGUUUCCUGUAGCUAGGGGAGCCGAGUUUGCAUUCGCUGGCCAUGGGAACUGCAAGGCCGGGGCUGCUGCGGUUGAUGGCGGUGACGUUUGCGCUGGUGGCAUUGUUUGGCCUCGGCGUCCAUGGAAGGAACCACAUACACAAGAAGCCUCACGGUGGCAGUGGCGCCGGGCACAGGGGCGGCGCAAAAGGAGGCAGCACGGUGGUGUCCUCGCCUGCUGUUCCGCCGGACGAUGACGCAACGCCGCUGGUUGCGCCACCUCCGCCGGCGUCCGGCAGCAUUGUCCCGUCUGACCCGGCCACGCCGGCUCAGCCGGCCGAGCAGUGCGUGUUCGACGUCCGGGAGUACGGCGCGACCGGGGAAAACACGGCGGACGACACCGAGGCGUUCCGGGCGGCGUGGAGCGCGGCCUGCGCCGUGGAGUCGGCCGUGCUGCUGGUGCCGUCCGACGGCACGUUCACCAUCUCCUCCACCACCUUCUCCGGGCCGUGCAAGCCCGGCCUCGUGUUCCAGGUGGAUGGGGUGCUGAUGCCGCCGGACGGGCCGGACUGCUGGCCGGCGUCGGACAACCGGCGGCAGUGGCUGGUGUUCUCCAACCUGGACGGCAUGACGCUGCGCGGCGCCGGCACCAUCGAGGGCAACGGCGAGGACUGGUGGAACCUCCCCUGCAAGCCUCACAGGGGUCCGAACGGGUCCACGCUGCACGGGCCGUGCGACAGCCCCACGCUGAUCAGGUUCUUCAUGAGCUGCAACCUGGUGGUUCAGGGCCUCAGGGUGGAGAACAGCCCGGAGUUCCACUUCCGGUUCGACGGCUGCAGCGACGUGCUCGUCGACGGGCUGUUCAUCAGGUCGCCGGCCAACAGCCCCAACACCGACGGCAUCCACGUCGAGAACACCGAGCGUGUCGGAAUCUACAACUCCAAGAUCAGCAAUGGUGACGACUGCAUCUCAAUUGGGACUGGGAGCUAUGAUGUGGACAUACAAAAUGUAACAUGCGGCCCUGGGCACGGCAUAAGCAUCGGCAGCCUGGGCGUCCACAACUCGCAGGCGUGCGUGGCGAACGUGACGGUGCGGAACGCGGUGAUCCGGAACUCGGACAACGGCCUGAGGAUCAAGACAUGGCAGGGCGGGAUGGGCUCCGUCUCCGGGAUCACCUUCGAUGGCGUGCUCAUGGAGAACGUGCGCAACUGCAUCAUCGUCGACCAGUAUUACUGCAUGGACAAGCGGUGCAUGAACCAGUCCACCGCCGUGCACGUCACCGACAUCUCCUACGCCAACAUCCGCGGCUCCUACGACGUCCGCAGCGCGCCCAUCCACUUCGCCUGCAGCGACACCGUCCCCUGCACCAACGUCACCAUGUCCGAGGUCGAGCUCCUGCCUUUCAGCGGCGAGCUCGUCGACGACCCCUUCUGCUGGAGCGCCUACGGGGUCCAGGAGACGCCCACCAUCCCGCCCAUCUCCUGCCUGCAGGACGGCAUCCCGGACUCCCUCCUCGACAACCCGGAUCUCAAGUGCCGAUGAGGCCCUAGUCAGGUGCAAAGUUCAGACUGUUUUUGGUUCAGAUAGUUGGGUAUGUAUAGCGACUACAGGCAUUAUUCGAGUCAAGUGGAGUUGUACAUGUGUGCUUCUCAUCUGCUCCCUCUCGGUAAAGGUUGUAUGUACGUGGCACCCCGUUAGCUCCUAGGCAACUGAAAUUUGUUGA